AUGCGUCUACCCUCCAUCCUCGUGGUCGCUGCCUCGACACUCUUUUUACACUAUGGUUAUACCAGUGCAUCUCCCGGUGCGGACGCUGUACUAACUGGUGCUGUGUCGCUGGGAUUUUUGCAACUCGUUGGUGCUGACCAAAGUGUCAUCGAGCAGCCUCGUUUUCUGAGAGACGGUAAGAUUGCCGAAGGUGACAACGAAGAGAGAGUGAAUGCUCAAAAGGAGGCGGCAGCAAAAGUCCUGGACCAAGUAUUCAAGACGAAGUCUUUAUCGCCCCUCGACAAACUCGAGAAAACGUCUAAUCUGGCGGUGAUUCGUCACGUUGCUGCAAUGGUAGACGACAAGGUGGAUAAAAUAUUCGCGUUUGCUGACGCUGUGGGAAUGGGUCGUGCGUCAAUGCUCAAAAUGUUGAAGGGUGAUAAACAAUUCACGGAUGCUGAAAGGUUGAAAACUGUCAAGAGGUAUGUAAAAUUCUUGAUCAAGAAGGAACAAAACAACAAGGCUUAA